GGUCUUUUGAAAUUGUUUACUUUAAGUGAUACGUUCAACAAACAAUAAAGUCAUUCUUUAAUUAAAAUCAUCAAUCGUUUUUGAAUUAAGUGAUAAUUAUUGCGUACCAAGUGUAGUUAAGGAUAAAAUGGCGACUUCACCACCCAUUGGAGUAGCUGAUAUGACAUCAAUAUCUGAAAUUGACGAAAUGGGAAUCAAUAAUAAUCUUAAGCUUCGGUACACCAGCAAUAUAAUAUAUACUUACACGGGCUCUAUUCUUAUUGCAGUUAACCCAUAUAAAUAUUUAAAUAUUUUUAGUAAGGAAUAUGUAUAUAAAUAUCAUAAAAACUGCUUUGGAGAUUUGGACCCUCAUGUUUUUGCUCUUGCUGAAGCUGCAUACAGAAGUAUAGUUGAAGAAAAAGUCAAUCAGUCAUGCGUCAUAUCUGGUGAAUCGGGAGCUGGAAAAACGGAAUCUACAAAAUUUAUUUUGCAAUAUUUGUGUGCCAUUACUUCUAAUGUUUCUACAUGGGAACAGCAACAAAUUUUGGAAGCAAACACCAUUUUAGAAGCUUUUGGAAAUGCGAAGACCGUUCGAAAUGACAACAGUUCCCGGUUCGGAAAAUUUAUGCAAGUGUGCUUCGACGAUAAAAAUUCUAUCAAAGGAUGUGUAAUUCAAGACUAUUUACUUGAGCAAUCUCGGAUUACAUUCCAAAGUCUUGGAGAGCGAAAUUACCACGUUAUGUAUCAAUUAGUAGCUCAAGGACAACGUAAUAACAAUGUCGCUGAAAUGUUACAUUUAAAACCACCAGAGUUUUAUAAAUAUUUAAAUGCUUCAGAUAAUUUAAACAUUGAUCUUGACGUGGAAGCCAAAAAGUUUGAGGCUCUUACAAUGGCACUUACUGUUCUACAAAUUCCUCAAAUUUUUAUUGAUGGUGUUUUUAAAAUUCUUAGUUCCAUAUUAUGGCUAGGAAAUAUUGAAUUUAUGGAUAUUGACGGAGAAGGUUGCGACUUAACUGACACUGACAAUGAAGUAAAUGAGACAUUAUCGAAGUUGUUGGGACUGAAAGCUGGCGAUUUACUUAAAGUUCUACUUCACCGCCAGAUUAAUGUUCGAGGAAAUAUAGUUGAAAUACCAUUGAAAAUACAAGAGGCCAGGGAAAACAGACAUGCCAUGGCUAAAGCAUUAUACUUAAAGACUUUCAAAUGGCUUGUAACUAAAAUAAAUAGCUGCACUAACCCUGGACAAUAUGGCGCUAAGUUUUUGGGAGUACUAGAUAUAUUUGGUUUUGAGAAUUUUGAAAAAAAUUCCUUUGAACAAUUGUGUAUUAAUUAUACCAAUGAAAAACUACAUAAAUUUUUUAAUCACUAUGUGUUUACUCUGGAACAAGAAAUUUAUAAACAAGAGCAAAUUCUUUACACUCAUGUUGAAUUUACCGAUAAUUCAUUAUGCCUGGAAUUAAUAGAAAAGCCUCCAAGAUGUAUUUUUAAACUUCUGACGGAACAAUGUCACAUGCCCAAAGGCUCGGAUAUCGCAUACCUAAAUAAUAUGCAUUCCGAGUUCGAGUUCAAUCCACAUUAUAUAAAAGGCUCGGAUCGUCGGCAUUGGGAAACUGAGUUCGGCAUUAAGCACUAUGCAGGAAAAGUAAUUUAUACUGCAGAUGGAUUUGUAGAUAAAAACCGCGACGUUCAACAGGAUGUCUUAUUUGAUUUAAUGAGUCGUAGCAAACAUAUUUUUGUACAAGACCUUUGCUCAUACCAGGAUCAGCAACAUUUAAAUGUAAUAGUAAAUUCAGCUUCGAGUUCAAGGGGAACGAGUAAGGCUAAAUAUACAGUUAGUGAUAACUUUCGAUAUCAACUCCAAACACUAAUUGAUGUUCUUCAACUUACAAAUCCCUGGUAUGUUCGUUGUAUAAAGCCAAAUGGACUUAAAUCGCCAAAUAAUUACAAUGAUACUUUUGUUCUUGAUCAACUGAAGUAUCUUGGAAUGCUAGAUAUAAUAAGGAUACGACGAGAAGGUUUUCCUAUUCAUUUUUCUUACGAGGAAUUCUUUUCAAAAUAUAAAUGCUUAUUAAAAAAAAAAUCAUCCACAUUAACACGAAAUGACAUAGUUCAUAUUUUAAGCGAAUUAAAAGUUUUGCCAACGGAAUGGCAAAUAGGGGUUUCAAAAAUUUUUUUACGAGCUCGAGCUUAUGCACCUUUGGAACACUUGAGGAAAGAAAUCACUCAUGAAAAUGCUAUUGUAAUACAAAAAAACUGGAGAGGAUUUAUUUGCUUAAAAAUUUAUCGCCGAACUUGGAAUGCAGCUUUGCAAAUUCAACAUGCAUACAGGGGAUGGAAAUUACGGAUUCAUUUUUUAAGAUUGCGGCGAAGUGCAAUUUUAAUACAAAGUCGAUUACGAGGAGUGUUCGCGAGAGAGGUUGCAACCGCGUUGCGUGAGUUACGAAAAGUGGACGCAGAAAUGAAAAAAAGAGAAAAAAUUCAACAGGAAGCAUCCGAAAAUGGUUUUCAAGCUAUUAAAGAUUGUGAAAGAAUGGUUCAAGAAGAAAUUAGUGUCCUUGCAAAAAUGGCUGAGCAAAUAUCCCCUUCCUUGACGCAUACACCGCCUACAGAAAAUCACAGGAAUUCGAGUUCAGCAGUUAGUUCGCAUAGUAUUGUAAGUGUGGACUUGGACAAUUUAUUUGCAUUUUUGAGUGAAUCUUCGUCUGCCAAAAACCCAGUUUUAGUGGAAAUUAAUGACAAAAUGAACAAUUUAGUUCAAGACUUAGAUAAUGAGAUUGAUAUUUUUACUCAGAAAGAAACUGUUCAUGGCUUGCAAGACGGCUCUAAUGUAAAUAAAGGCUCGCUAUCACUCCCAGAACCAACAAUGCCUCCGCCCCCUCCACCUACAAUAACUAUCACUCAGGACAAAUUAAGACCUGAACCAAUAUAUGAAGCAGUGACACAUUUAGAAUUUUCCCAACAUCCUGAAUCAAAAAUUGACUCGACAAUCGACAACAACAGAAAUGUGCAGCCAAACGAAAAUAAUGUUCUUAAAACACAGCAAGAAUUGGAGAAACCUAUUGCAUCAACUAAUAAAUUAAACGUCCUUCUUAGUUUACAACAAGGUCAAUAUUUUGAACGGGAGCAAAGACGGAAACAUAGAGUUGAAAAAAAGCUUCAAGAAAUGCAUCAUACUAAUACGGAUAUUCAAAGAGAUGAGCUUACCAAUGAUACUAAUUAUAAUAUACUGGAGUUUGCAGAAAAUUUUUUUAAUUCCCACGAACGUUUUUCUGAUGGAACUCUAAUUGCUACGCUUACAAGAAAGGGGAAAAAAAUCACUGAAGUGGUACCAAAGUGUGAAAUGAUAAUAUUUUCCAGAUGCGACAAAAUACCAACAUCCCACGUUCACAUGUACGAUCCGGAAAAUGUGGCACUUGCUUGCAAUAUUUAUAGAGAGUUAUGGAAGUACAUGCGUGGAGAACUUAGUUCCGAACGUGAAUUACAGUCUAUUCAAUACAUUAUUGGAUUGGGAAUUGAAAGAGAGGAGCUAAGAGAUGAAAUUUUUGUGCAAUGCAUGCGACAAACAACAAAGAAUCCAAAUGAGGACUGGAAUGACCGGCUAUGGCUUUUGAUGUGCCUUAUUAUUGUUGCAUUUCAACCAAGCAAGCUUUUAUUUAGGUAUUACGUUUCAUUUUUAAAAAUAAAAUUGGAAUCGUUGGAAGGCAAGCUUAAACAAUAUGCUCAAUGGUGUUUUGAUAACUGUAAAUGUACAAAAGUAUCAACAAGGCUACACCCACCCUCAAGCGUAGAAGUAGCAGCAAUGCGGCGUCUUGGAACUAUUGUUUGCAGAUUUUUUUUCUUAGAUGCACGCACAAAGGCCAUCGAUGUUCAUCCUACGGAUACAGCAGGAGAUGCCGUACAAAAACUUGCUGAUAAGCUUAAUUUAACUUCAACAGAAGGUUGGGCUAUAUUUCAGUCACGUCCAGAUGGAGAAGAACAUAUAAAAAGUUUUGAUUAUUUGUAUGACAUAAUUUCUGCGUGGGAGUCGAAGCAAACGUCUUCUAGUCAAAUAAAGCGUGUUUCGAGCGCGUCAACAUCUGGUGAAAAUCGAUUUGUAUUCAAAAAAAGAUUAUUUAAGCUAACUCGCGAAUUAUCUCAGGACCCGGUUGAGGUGAACAUGCUCUAUGCACAAGCAGUUUAUAGCGUUGUCAAAUGUGAUGAAUUUCCUGUAAGUGAAAAGGUAGCACUUCAACUAGCUGGAUUGCAAGCUCAAGUUUCACUAGGAGAUCCCUCAAAUCAACCAAAACCGGAGUAUUAUUGUGACAUAAAUAGUUUUUUACCUAGUCGAAUAGCUAAAACUAGAGAACAACAAUUUUGGAUUCCUAUUUUAGCACAAGCACAUCGGCAAUAUGGAUCUUCACGCAAUGAGCUAACUGCAAAAAUUCUGUACUUAAGCUGUGUAAUGCAAUACCCACUCUAUGGCACAACAAUGUUUAAUGUCCUCUAUAAAGGAUUUUGGAGCUUUGUUAAUAAUAUUAUUCUUGGAGUUAAUUGCGAUGGAAUUAUGUUUGUUCAACCUGAAGACAAGAUUAUUAUAUAUCAGUUUAAAUAUACAGAUGUAGAAUCAAUUAUGAUAGACCCCAGUGACAGUUUUAUAACCAUUUCACUAAAUCGAGUAUCUCAGAACAUAACAAAACUUUUGGGCGAAGGGAACUCUUCAUUUAAUACUCAAAAAUGCUUUGUAUUUGAGACGGUGCAGAAAAAUGAAAUUGGAUCACUAAUAAUAUCUUACUUUCCAUCAUUAUCCAACUGGGUUUUGAAUAACUUUGACUACUCAAAAAAAAGUAAAGGAAUUACUAAUGAGGACAGAACAAGGCUGUACCAAAAUGUUGUAAUAUGCCGGAGGCAACUAAUUGAUUUAGAAGUUGUACGUAAGCCUCAAGAGUGCGGUGGAUUCCUUAGAAACACCUUAAGGCGCCUUUCAAAACAUCGAAUAGAAAAAAUAAGAAAGGAGCAAAGAACAAACCUUCAUGAUCAUGGAGAAACAUACAAAGGAUUCAAUCAUACGUUUUGGGCAUUUAGUAAACAACAAAUACCAUACUGCUUAAGCAGGCUUUCGGAUCAAGAUGAAGCGGUAAUGGUCGAAAUCUUUUAUUCAAUUUUAACAUUCUCUGGUCUUGGAACAGGUGGUGAAAUGGUAAAACGUUUAGAAGAUGAUCACAUACGAAUAGUUCAAUGCAUAAUGGAUAAAUGCAUGCGAAAAGACUCUUUAUUAAAUGAGCUUUAUUUGCAACUAAUAAAACAAACUACAGACCACCCUGAUCCCAAUUCUCGUGUUAACUUAAAACACUGGGCGCUUCUAUCUUUAGCUUGCAGUGUUAUCUUACCAUCUAUAAAAUCAAUUCGAAAAUAUUUAAUUUCGCAUUUGAAAAGAUGUUCAACCGAUCAUGUGUCCGAAGAAGGAAAAUAUGCUAGAUUUGCUGAAAAGUGUUUUUUUAGAACGCAAGGUACAAGACGGCGACAGUGGACACCAAGCUGUGAAGAAAUACUAUGUACAACCAAUCGAAGACCAUGCUAUUCGAGAUUCUAUUUUAUGGACGGACAGUACUAUUCAAUCGAAUUUCAGCCCAGCUCCACAGCAAGCGAUGUAAUGCAAGUGAUUAAAAAAAAAAUUGGAUUACAUGACAAUUCCAAAGGAUAUGCAUUAUAUGAAGUUUUUGGAGAUACAGAAAGAAGUCUUUUACCUGAAGAGAAGGUUUGUGAUGUAAUGGCAAAAUGGGAAAAGUAUCGAUCUGCAACAGAACACGUAAAGCAAAAUCAACCACUUAAUAAUUUUGAAUACAACCAUCAUCAUGUAUUUUUAUUUAAAAAGCAUCUAUUCUGUGACGACUUCAUCAACUUAGACGAUCCAAUUGAAAAAGAAUUGCUAUAUCACCAAAAUUUGCAAAACCUACGAACUGAACACUAUCCUAUUACAGAAAUGGAAGCAAUCAUGUUAACAGCUUUACAAGGACAACUGGAGCUUGGAGACUGUGGAGAUAAUUUGACUGAUUAUAGAGGUGUUGCCAGCCAUUGUUUACCACCGAGAUUUGUUCCUAACAUUCCUCAUGAAGCCGUUGCAAUGCAUCAUCAGAGCUUAAAAGGAAUGCUACCAGCGGAAACAAAAAAAGCUUUUUUGAAUUUGAUACAAAGUUGGCCACUUUACCGUGCAACUAUUUUCGACGUAAUGCAAACAUUUACUUCCAAUUGGCCAAGAAAGUUAUGGCUGGCGGUAGAUCAAUGUGGCAUACAUUUAUUGGAGCAUCGGUCAAGAAAUGUUUUAUGCACUCAUGAUUAUGAAUCAAUAAUAUCCUAUUCCCCGAAUAUGAACUCGCUCAUGAUUUUCACUGGAACAGAAAAAAAACAAUCAAAAGUGAUAUUAAGUACUUCCCAGGCAUUUCAAAUAAGUAUGCUUAUAAAGGAAUAUUCGGAGAUCUUUAAAGCUAAAAUGAAAUAGACGGUCAUCAUUCACAGCUUCGUGUCAUAUUACAAUUGUAUGCAACUAAACAACAUUAACUAAUCUUACAUAAAUCAAAUGGUUAUUGGCUUGUUUAUAAUAAAAGAACUUAAAACAAA